CCUCGAACCAUGAACGGAUUGAUUCUCGCACAUCUUUCAUGUACUUUGGAGUUCUCAUGCUUCGAUUGUUGAACCUAGUCUGAUUAGAUUUUCAUAGACCAAAUACAGUAUGACAGCAUCUGCCACAUCUACCGACGAUGAGAAAGGGACGAAUAGGAGAAAGGACGUACAGGAAUUCUGGAACUGGUUUGACUGUCCAUUGAGGUUCGAACCAAAAGUUACACCUUUGGUUGGGGUUUCUUCGAUGCGCUGCGCGGACUCUCGAUGUGUCUGAUGCUCAAUGGAGCGAUUGGAUGAUUUUGUGACCUGUCGAAGAGGAAUAAUGUCUGCACAAGGAUUUUGGAAGGCUUGCAGUACGAGGAAUUCGUCAAUUCGGGAGUGUGUGGUCAGAAAUUUAUCGAGGAGGUCAUUUUUUUUAAAGUUAUCUCUGCCAACGUGAAGACAUGUACUUAUCGCGAAAAAAUUCUGGAUUCGCUGGCCUAUGCUUACAGGAUUUCUAGUUUUGUGUUGUGGAAGUGAAUCGAUCGUAUGAGACAUGGCUGGCAUCGGUUCAUCAGGCACUGGGCCUUCAGGUGGAGGGCCUAAGAUCCUACUGGCAAAGCCCAUCACUCCUCGACCUGAAGGUGGAACUGUGGGUGCUACUGGAGUCGGGGGUGCCGUGAAGUUGAUGAGAGAUCGUGAUGAAGACAAUGCGGCUCGAGCGCGGUUGCCUCAUGGUUCUCUCAAUCUUUUGCUCGACUCAUGGGAUUUUAAUUCUGAUCGGUUGCUUCCGCUUAUGUCAGAAAAUACGGAUUUUACCGUAGUUGGUGUUUUGGGACCUCCGGGAGUUGGAAAGUCGACGAUAAUGAACGAGCUGUAUGGCUUUGACGGAACCACAACUGGUGUGCUGCCCCCUUUUCCUACCCAGACAGAGGACAUCAAAGCUGCUGCCAAACAUUGCUCUGUUGGUAUCGAGCUCCGGAUGUCGGCUGAGCGUUUUAUUCUGCUCGAUUGUCAACCUGUUUUCAGUGCCUCUGUGCUCAUGGACCUCAUGCGCUCCGACGGUUUCUCCAAUAUUUCUGUGCUUGGUGGUGAUGCUUUAUCAGCAGAGUUGGCCCAUGAGUUAAUGGGUCUUCAGCUUGGCGUUUUCCUCUGCUCUGUGUGCCAUGUGUUGCUAGUGGUGACGGAAGGAGUCCAUGAUAUCAGCAUGUGGCGACUGAUGCAAACUGUAGAGAUGUUAAAGCAGGGGAUUCCAGAUCCUAGUACACUUCCCUCCGGCCAAAUUUCCUCUUUUGAAAAAGAUGACAUCGAAACAAUCAUCGAUGAUGAACCUGAAUUUUUUUCUGACGUGAUAUUUGUUCACACUAAGCUCCGUAAACAAGAAUGUUCCUUGCCAGAGAUAUUGCGGUUGGAAAGGGCACUUUCUCUCUUCUUCCCUUCGCCAGCUUUUAGGAAAAAAUCUCUAGUCAAGUAUAGACCUCCUCAGUCUCAUGCAGUCCGACCUCACUUUUCAAAUGGUGAUUUUUUGGAAAAGGAGAGAGUGGCUCCACGUGGUGAGAAUGGAGUUAUCUCCUUGUCAGGUCGGACCCCCAACCUCGGCAAGGUUCAAGGUGGAAUCCGCACAGUCGGAAAGGAUGGCGAGGACAAAGGAGAAAAGAAUAUUGAUGAGGGGAAAUUGGACGGGGAUGUUAACACAUUUGUGCUGCCUUUAAGGGUGCCGGAUGAAACCACACGAAAUCAUCAUGAGAGUUAUAUGGCCAUGUUGGGAAAGCUUCGAAAUCAGAUUCUUUCUUUGCCUCGACGACCAUUCAGUAGACCAUUAACCGAGAGAGAGUGGCUGAGAAAUGCUGGCCGAAUGUGGGACCUGGUAAAAAAAUCACGAGUACUUACAGAGUAUAGCAAAGUUUUGCAAAGCUCCGGUCUUUACAGGAGGUAAAGAAGAUUUUAUGGAAGAGCUGGAAUCUUUGGACAUGGUCAGUGCUCUCCAACUGAGCACACCUUGGUAUCUAGCGUGGGUAUCUCGUGAUGGUCAUCCGAACUCAGAUCUGUGCUUUGCUUAUCCAAUAAGCUAUGGGGUUUGUAUACUCCCGUCCUGCAAUGGAGAGGCCUCCGAGGACACGUAUGUAUUUUGACUCGAGAUCAGAGUCAGCUUGGUUGGUACGACCUGACAACAGUCGAGGUUUACACGUUGCGACCAAUUGGACGCAUCGAUAGGCUUCCACUGAUUUCAGGGUUGAGCUGACGACAGAUCUAGCAGCAAAGCGUAUACAGAGAGCGAUUGCACAACAUGAGGAAAGAAUCGUUGAGCUACCGACCUCUAAAAAGCGACCGGAGUUCAAAGAGGAGGGUGUCAUACACAGAACGUGGUGCAACGCAGUUUAACAUGUAUAACAAGUCAUAGUGACUUGUCAGCGCAGAAUGCAGCCACUUCUUGAUGAUGUCAAUCGUGAGGUCCCACAUCUAGAUUCAGCAAUCACACCGUUGCUCAUCCUUGGGAGAUAUGAAGUAUCUUACCGAAGGAGAGUCGGGCUAGUCUCUUUCAGCGUUUGUCAUCAGGGAGACAUACCUUCAAGAGAGAGAAACAGAGAACACGCCACGUGUGAAGGUUGUGUUUCAGGAGCAUCGAAUGUAACAGUAGUUGAGUCCACGAAGGAGACUGAAUGUCCUGAGGAGGUCUCCUUUGGCGUGGUCUUUGCGGAGAAGCAUCUCUGCUGUGAAUCAGGAUAUUUAUUUGAACUACAUUCAACGACUGGACAUUAUGUCCAGGAGUGGAGGAUUCUAUCCCGAGAUUUGGUCGAUUCAACUAUUGUUUUGAUUUGGCAGAAAAAUAAUUUAUAUAUCUCCUUUCCAGAGUUUGCAAUAAUGUUGAUGUAAUCUAUCUUAAAGAUGCAAGACUGAAGUCAAACAUAAAGAACAUUCUUUC